GCCGCUUGCUUUUUGCCUGCGCAUAUGCAGGCACGCACGUACACUUUGCAGCCACACAUCACCAUGAGGGAGUUCAAGAGCAAAGCCUUCUGGAGGGCCGUCCUGGCCGAGCUGGUGGGCAUGACCCUGUUCAUUUUUCUCAGCAUCGUGGCAGCCAUAGGCAAGCCAGGCGACCCGGGUCAAGAGGUCAAGGUGUCGCUGGCCUUUGGGCUGGCCAUUGCCACGCUGGCGCAGAGCCUGGGUCACAUCAGCGGCGCCCACCUCAACCCGGCCGUCACGCUGGGCAUGCUCGCCAGUUGCCAGAUCAGCCUCUUCCGGGCUUUCAUGUACAUCGUGGCCCAGUUGUUGGGCUCCACCCUCGCCUGCGGCAUUCUGUACGGAGUACGCCCCGCAGCCAACGACAAGCUGGGCCUCAAUGAGCUGGCUGGCGUCACCCCCACCCAGGGCGUGGGCAUCGAGCUCCUGGCAACCUUCCAGCUGGUGCUGUGUGUCAUUGCCGUGACUGAUAAACGCAGGCGUGACGUCACCGGCUCGGCACCCUUGGCCAUAGGCCUCUCCGUGUGCCUGGGACAUUUGGCGGCGAUCAGCUACACGGGCUGCAGCAUCAACCCCGCACGCACCUUUGGUCCAGCUGUGGUCCUGAAUAACUUCACCAACCAUUGGGUGUUCUGGGUCGGGCCUAUGUGCGGCGGCGUGGCGGCAGCCCUCGUUUACGACUUCCUGCUCUCGCCCAAGAUGGACGACUUCCCCGAUCGGGUAAGGGUGCUGAUGAGCGGCCCCGUGGACGACUACGACGUCAACGGCCCCAACGACGCCUCAGCAGUGGAAAUGUCCUCCAAGUAGUGGGCGGAGCAUGUGGCUUGCCCUUGUAAAAUGGAAAAAAAGAAAGCUGUUUUAGCGUAAUCUCAUUUUGGGAGCUGCAAGUGUCUUUGUAGCGCGCUCACACACACACGCUUGUACUUUCAGCAAUGGUAUCAGCGUGUGUUGAAAUGUUCUCCCAUUAUCAGUAUUCUGUAUGUCGUGCUGUUAUUUUUGUAUUCAUGUAUGUGCAUUUCUCACUUUUCCCUCUAUGAUAUUGAAGUCACUUUUUUAAAAAAAAAAUAAAACACUUGUUUCACUUAAA